GGGUUUGUGAAGGCUCUGCGAGCUUUUCCGUGUCGAAGACGAGGGAUUAUAUCUUUGUUUUUCGUUUAUUUGGGAAUUUCUUAGCUUCAGCUUUCAUGCAUGCAUGGAUUGUUCAUAUAUUGAUUAUGUUCUGCUCACAUUUUUUUUUUUUUCGAUUAUCAGCAAUUGAAUAGCUACAUUUGUUUUGGAGCACUGAAGUAUCGGUUGACAUGAAAAUUUGGAAUUUGAUUUUCUUUUUGUUUCAGAUCAGUUUCAGUGUUACAAUUCGAUUCGAAAUUUGGCGAUCUAAAUAUAAGUUUGUUGGUGUCUUCAGUUUCUUUUGGGGGAAGAAUUCCUCAGUUCUAUUUUUUGCUUAUGACGAUAUAGGUUGCCUUGCAGUUUGAAUGUUAGUCCGGUUGUGGUGAAGCCUGCUCGGAAAAUGGUAGAAGCUGAGAAGACCGAAAAUCUUGAAUUCAAGUGGGGAGUGUUGAAAGGAACUGGUGGAAAAAAUAGAGAUGUGAAGUUUUAUAAAUCUUUUCGUUACGACGGGGAGGAUUAUGACCUUUAUGACUGUGUUUAUCUAUACAAGGAAGGUGAGCCAGAGCCUGAGAUUGGCAAGAUAAUAAAAAUAUGGGAGACCCCACAGAAGUCAAGGAAGGUGAAAAUCCUAUGGUUUUUCCGUCCUUGUGAGAUUAGAAACUUUCUUGGUGAUGAAAAGAUACUCGAGAACGAGUUGUUUUUGGCAUCCGGUGUUGGUACAGGCCUUCAUAAUCUGAAUCCAUUGGAAGCCAUUGCUGGAAAAUGCAACGUUCUGUGCAUUUCAAAGGACAAGGAAAAUCCUCAACCUUCAGAUGAGGAGCUUCAAAAGGCUGAUUUUGUCUUUCACAGAACCUUUGAUGUUUCGCAGCAGAAAAUCAUGGACAAGAUAGAGGGGAAAGUUGCUGAUGUUGAUGUUAAAUUCCUUUUUAACAAAAUUAAUGUUCAGAAGCCUGCUGGCGAUCUGAAUGUUGAUUUAGGAGAAAACAAAGUUUGUGAUAAUGACACAAAAACUAAUGAUACAAUGGUUCCAUCAAAACAAAACUCAUUUAAAGAACCCAAGAAUGUAGAGACAACGAGAAGUUCGGUUGAUAAGCAUAUACAUAGUGUGGAAAAGCAGAAAUCUGCGGCCGUAGGUUUAGAAUCAGGUGAGAUGGAUCAAACUGAUGAAAGACAACAAGAUGUGUCAAGUUCUAAGACUAUCUUAUGUUCUAAGGGUAGAGGUAGAGAAGAAGAGGCUAAUCUUGACAACGUUCUUCCAAGAAAGCUUGAGGUGGAGGAAACAAGGUCUACCAAGGAUGUUGGUGAUUUGGACAAUAGACCAACUAAGAAGCUGAAACUUGAUACUAGUAAAGCAUCUAGUGACAAGAUAAAUAGUCAUGAGCCAAGGCAUGUUGAGGUGGACGGAAUUUGCGGUAGAAAGAACAAUGCUAUAUUGGAUCACACACUAGCCGAGAAGCCGAAUAUGAAUGCAAGCCGAAGUGGUGAGCAUAAACACAAGGUCAAUGCUAAUGGGAGUUAUAUGAAGGAUUUAUCAUUUGUUGCUUCUCUAGUCGAUGAAAGAUGCAAACUCAAAGGUGUAGAGGAUACUAUUGGGACAAAUAAAAGCUCGACCAAGAAGAUGAAGCCCGAUGGUAACACAUCAACUCCUUCCGAUAACAAGUUUCCCAAAUCAUCACAUGGAGACGAUGAAAGCAAGGUCCAAAGCACUUCAUCACCAAGUAGCUCCAUCGUCGAUGAUAGAUGUAAACGUAAAGAGGAGUCUCCGGUGGGGGAUAAAGACUCUAAGAAGAAGAUGAAGGUUGGCGAUAAGGCAACAAAUUUUUCUUUAGUGGGGGACAAAGAUUCUAAGAAGAAAAUGAAGGUUGGCGAUAAGGCAACAAAUCUUUCCACCGGCAAGCUGCCUAAACCAUUUCUAAGGCCACCUCAAAAUAAGACCCAAAAGUUUGAUGGUCAACUAUUGGAAGUCACUCAACGUGCGGAUGCGAGUGAUGUUGAUGGGAAUGAUAGUAAGGCUUCAUCACCAAUUGCUUUUGGAUUCGAUGAUUCGCUUGGAAAACACAAAGCCCCUUUCGAGAAGAUGAAGUCCGAUGUCAAGGCCCCAAGACUUUCCAACAGGGAGAUGGGUGAACAAUCUACCACACAAUCCCUCAUUAAGUCCGGAAAGUUUGAUGGUCAAGUUGUGGAAGUCACUCAACGUCCGGGCACGGAUAGAAGAAAGUGGUUCAAGAACUUUCCCUGGCAAGAGAGAAUGCAAGCUGCACACGAGCAAGUAACCCUUAUUUUGCUUCAGAAUUUGGAUCCAGCUUACACGUCCGCAGAAGUGGAGGAUAUAGUAUGGAAUGGUUUGGGGGAAAGUUGCACUGCUAGGAUGAUUCAGCAGACAGAAAAUUCUAGCCAUUACUAUGGACAAGCUCUUGUUAUUUUUAAAAACCGGGAAACUGCGAAAAAGGUUGUUCGAAAGUUAGAUGAGGGCUGCCUGUUAUUGUCAAAUGGAAGACCUCUAGUUGGCAGCAUUGCAACAACUUAUUGUUCCAGAGAAAAGAAGCCAAAGUUUUUUGGUCAUCUAGUCAUUGAUAAACUUCGGCACCCAAUGAUAAACGAAAGGGAAAUGAGAGAAGCUGUUUCUACUUCACAUUUUUCUCAGCCCAACACUAUUGAAUAUGAUAUGUCCAUGGAAUGGUGUACACAACAAGAGAAAGCAGAUCUUUUGUGGAAGAGCCUGUAUAAGCAACAAUGGAAGGAGGUGAGAGAACUCAAAGCUAAACUUAAGGUCAAAUGAGCAGUGAUUGGAUUGUGAACUUGCUCUUCUUGAAUGCUGAGGUACGGUGUGUAUAACUGGCUUGUAAGUCGACCUGGUGUAACUUUUUGGAUGGGGAGUAGCAAUUGUAUUUUGUGCAAAGACCCUUUUCCUAGGGUUGUGGAAUGGAUCUAAAUUUUCUGAGCCUGGAAUUACCAGAAAGCCUGGUUGAUCUGAUGAGCUCCCUGAAAUGUAAAUUCAUUUCGUGUUAGUGACUAUCCAGCUUUUGUACAGCAUUUCAUCCCGAUAUGGCACUCUAAUGGCAGAAUAUUUUACCAGAU